AUGUCCACGACAAAGCAGUUGGGCAAGUCCCACAUCGACAGACUCGUCGAGAUCGAAGAACGGCUGUUGUUCUUGAGGGAAAUCCCUGACAACCUUAGAUAUGUGGAAUCUCGGCUGGAUGAGAUCUCCACCAAAGCUGACGGAAUUGACGUCGUGAAUGCCCGCAUAGACGGGCUUGCUAUACGGGAGUUAAUGCUUCGGGUUGAGACCCUUGAAGACAAGGUUAAGCGCACUGAUAACCUUGAGCGUGGCGAAAGCUCAUCGAGUUCAAUCGCCCACAUGGAGGAACGUGUCGAAGAAAUAGACAUCUCCAAAAAGACUAUUGUGCAGAUGGUCAGUGAACUGACCGACGACUUCAAAGCCACCGUCGACGAAAUGAGGGCGGAGAUUGCCGAAUUAGGCACCAAACCCUUCUGUGGGGCGCGAGAUGCUAAAGCUCUUGAGAACUUCAUCUUCGACCUUGAGCAGUACUUCAAGGCGACAAGCACGGUGACAGAGGAAUCGAAAGUCACACUAGCCACAAUGCAUCUUGCUGACGAUGCGAAGUUGUGGUGGAGAGCGAGAUACGUAGAUGUACAAGAGGGCAAAUGUACCAUCGACACGUGGGAAAAACUAAAGCAGGAACUCAGAUCCCAAUCGAUAAACUUCGUGAAUUACGACACAGGAAAUAUUCGAGACUACGUAAAGCAGUUUUCAGGGUUGAUGUUAGAUAUCCGCGAUAUGUCCGAGAAAGACAAGGUCUUCGCCUUCGUGGAGGGCUUGAAACCAUGGGCCCGGGCCAAACUGUAUGAACAGAAGGUACAAGAUAUCCCUACUGCUUACGCAACCGCCGAACAGCUGUUCAAUCUUAGCAGCGACACGUCACAAGAACAGAGGAAGACCCAAGCUUCUUCCAGUAGUGGACACAGACCCGCUAGAUCGGGGUCCCCUAAAAAUGGGGGAGCUGACAAAAAUGGAGGAGGAGACCGCAGACCCUUCCAGCAGAGAGGGGGAAAUACAUGGAGAGGGCCGAACCCACCAAACAAUAACAAUCGGACAGGACCAUCUUGCUUCAUUUGUAAGGGACCACACAGAGUAUACGAGUGUCCGAAUCGAGCUGCUCUCCGGGCCUUCCAAGCCACACUGACGAACGAUCGAGCGAUCGAACCGGAAGGCCCCGAAACAGAUACUCCUCCCGAAGACGCCGAUGACAACCCCCGUAUGGGAGCACUCAAAUUCUUAUCGGCGCUUCAGAAGAAAGCCGAAGAAGUGAAGGAACCCCUGGAACGUGGUCUGAUGUAUGUGGAAGCAUGGGUCAAUCAGAAAGCCGCAAAAAGCACUAUGGUAGAUUCUGGUGCCACCCACAAUUUCAUGACRGAAACCGAAGCACGUCGGYUGAACUUGCKAUGGGAUAAAGACCCAGGAAAGAUGAAAGCGGUCAACUCGGCUGCCCUCCCCAUCAUGGGAGUUGCAAAAAGAGUCUCAGUAAAGCUAGGGACAUGGAGUGGACUAGUCGACUUUGUGAUAGUGCGGAUGGACGACUUUGACGUAGUAUUGGGGAUAAAAUUUCUGCUGGAACACAAAGUCAUCCCCAUGCCCCUUGCUAAGUGCCUGGUUGUAACGAGUUCCGAUCCCAUAGUUGUUCAGACAAGCAUCAAACAACCAAGCGGAGUGAAGAUGAUAUCAGCACUCCAGCUAAAGAAAGGUAUCGCCCAGGACGAGCCGACCUUCAUGGCCAUUCCUGUUGCGGAAGGCAGAAAUUCUGAAGAGCUAGUUCCCAGAGAAAUCCAGCGAGUCUUGGAGGCAUAUGCCGAUGUAAUGCCAGACAACCUGCCCAAAAAUCUACCUCCAAGACCGGGGAUAGACCAUGAGAUUGAAUUGUUACCGGGGGCCAAACCGCCCGCCAAGAACGCCUAUCGGAUGGCUCCUCCCGAGCUAGCCGAACUGAGGAAACAACUUGAUGAACUGCUGAAUGCUGGAUUCAUACGCCCAGCUAAGGCUCCCUAUGGKGCCCCAGUCCUUUUUCAGAAGAAGAAAGACGSAAGUCUCCGCCUAUGCAUUGACUAUCGAGCAUUAAACAAACUCAYAGUCCGCAACAAGYACCCYUUACCCAUCAUCACAGACCUGUUCGAUCAACUUCAUGGGGCAAAGUACUUCUCUAAGCUGGAUCUGCGAUCUGGAUACUAUCAGGUGUUUCACGAAUACCUCGACAAAUUUGUGGUGGUUUAUCUAGAUGAUAUAGUUGUCUACAGUCCAACCAUGGAAGAACACCAGGUACAUUUACAACUUGUUUUCGAGAAGCUCAAACAGAACCAGUUGUACGUUAAACGAGAAAAGUGCUCGUUUGCCCAAGAACGCAUCAGUUUCCUGGGUCAUGUGAUAGAAUGCGGUCGAAUAGGCAUGGAGGAUGGAAAGGUCAAAGCCAUUCAGGAGUGGAAAAUUCCGACGUCCAUCACAGAACUUCGUUCAUUCCUCGGAUUAGCCAAUUACUAUAGGCGAUUCGUGGAAGGAUUCUCGAAACGGACCGGGCCUUUAACAGAUUUACUGAAGAAGAACCAGAAGUGGAACUGGACCCCAGAAUGUCACGCAGCAUUUGAGAGUUUGAAAAAGGCAAUGAUGGAGGGGUCGGUGUUGGGAAUUGCAGACGUCACACGACCGUUCGAAGUCGAGACUGAUGCGUCAGACUUCGCCCUGGGAGGAGUGCUUCUCCAAGACGGUCACCCCAUUGCAUAUGAGAGUCAGAAGUUGAAUGAUGCUGAAAGGAGGUAUGCCGCCUCCGAGAAAGAGAUGUUAGCAGUAGUCCACUGCUUGAGGGCCUGGAGGCAAUAUCUCCUAGGGGCCAAGUUCGUUGUCAARACCGACAACAGCUCAGUCUGUCACUUCUUCAACCAACCGAAGUUGUCAUCCAAGCAAGCUAGGUGGCAAGAGUACCUUGCCGAGUUCGAUUUUCAGUUCGAACAUAAGCCCGGUCGAGCAAAUCAGGCGGCAGAUGCCCUUAGCAGRAAGAGCGAAYAUGCGGCYCUGUGCAUGUUAGCUCACCUAAAAGCGAGCAAGCUCACUGGAUCCAUUCGYGAAGCCAUCAGAGAGAACUUACAGAAUGACCCAGCUGCCCAAGCGAUAAUUCAGUUAGCCAACGAAGGGRAGACUAGACAGUUUUGSGUGGAGAAUGACCUCYUCUUCACCAAAGGUAACSGUUUGUAUGUUCCCCGUUCUGGGAACCUAAGAAAGCUCCUACUUGGAGAAUGUCAUGACACGAUGUGGGCAGGCCAUGCUGGAUGGCAGAGAACUUACGCCCUGUUAAAGAAAGGCUACUACUGGCCGAGUYUGAGAGACGACGUGAUGCAGUAUACCAAAACGUGUCUCAUCUGCCAACAAGACAAGGUCGAGCGAAAUAARAUUGCAGRUUUACURGAACCCUUGCCAAUCCCAUCACGAYCGUGGGAGAGUGCUCGAACAAACCUUGGAGAGAAUGAACACUAUCAAGUGGCUCGAUGCAUUGGGGGCCUUUGUAAUGACAUCGAGGAAAGGAUUCAGGUCCAGCUUAUAGGGUAUCUCAAUGAGGCUAUUGCCACUGCUGUCACCAUUGAGGAACAACAGGCUAAUAAAUAUAAAUUCCAGUAUCACAGGAGAGCUACUGGGGAUACUUCUUUAGCCAAAAAAGUUGCUACCGGCUAA